CCUCGGCUUGGCUCUUCAUGCGUUUUUCGCGCGCAUGUGUGUCUCCCGGUGCGCGCUACGUCUCCAUCGCCGGUCAUCAAGUCACGUGUCUCAGGGCUCCCGGGUCCUGGGCCAAGUUUUUUUUUUUCCGUGUCAGAUCGUCCACGGACCUUCAGCACAGCAAACCCACGCAGACCGACCCUCCCGCGCGCAUCUCCGCUCCACGCUGCGUAAACCAGCACCUCGGCGAGGAUGAAGGGACGGAUGGACGGACGCACGGAUGUGGAUAGAUGUUGCCCUUUAACUGAUCGAGACCACUCCAAGUGACUUCUUUGAUUACUUCCAGAGCUUUUCUGACGACUCUCGGAUUACCUUUAACAAGCAAAAGAAGGAGAUUUAUUUCGUUUUUUGUGUGUGUGUGAGGAGAGAGAAGAGAGGAAGGGAAGAAAGAAAGGGAAGCUCCGGGUUGCUGAGAAAGGCUGGGUGCGCUGGAAAGACGGAAAGUCACGGAUCAUGCUUAUGGGAACUUCCGAUUCCGUCUCGAUAAGAGUGGCUCUGCCUGAUGCUCUAUCAUGACUGAUGGCGAGGGGAGAGCGCGCUUUCAGUACGCAGAGUGCCAGGAGCAGGAGGAGGAGGUACAGGAGGAGUUGAGGCUUGCUAUACCGACGCCCUACAGGAACGACGACCCGGGUCAUGAUGCUGACCCAGGAGGAAGCCGGGCUGAGGAGGAGGAAGAGGAGGAGGAGGAGGAGGAGGUGGAGAGGAGGAGAAGGCGGAGGAGGAGGAGGAGCAGCGGUGGUCGAGGAGAAGCUGGAGCUGAAUGGAGUCCUGAAGUUGAGCAGCAUGAAGAGGAGGAACCGGAGCUGGAAGCGGAAGUUGGACCGACACUGGGAGUUCGGAUCACGGCUCCGAUCCGUGAUCCAGACUGUGUCUCCGAGGAGGAGGAGCAGCAGCCAUACCCGGCCCUGGCCCCCGUGGCCUUCUUCUGCUUAAAGCAAACAACGAGGCCUCGCAACUGGUGUCUUCGCAUCGUCUGUAACCCGUGGUUCGAGCACGUGUCCAUGCUGGUGAUCCUGCUCAACUGUGUGACUCUGGGGAUGUUUCAGCCCUGCGAGGACGUUACCUGCCAGUCAGAGUGGUGCCGCAUCCUGCAGGUGUUGGACGACUGCAUCUUUGCAUUCUUUGCGGUGGAGAUGGUCAUCAAGAUGGUGGCCCUGGGAAUAUUUGGCCCCAACUGUUACCUUGGUGACAAGUGGAACCAGCUUGACUUUGUCAUUGUCAUGGCAGGGGUGAUGGAAUAUUCUCUAGAUGGCCACAAUGCCAGUCUGUCAGCCAUCCGAACUGUCCGAGUGCUCAGGCCACUGCGGGCGAUUAACAGAGUGCCAAGUAUGAGGAUCUUGGUGACGCUGCUGCUGGACACCCUGCCCAUGCUGGGAAACGUUCUCCUCCUCUGCUUCUUUGUCUUUUUCAUCUUCGGCAUUGUGGGAGUCCAGCUGUGGGCGGGACUGCUCCGCAACCGCUGCUUCCUGGGAGAGGACAUAAGAACAAUGUACAACCUGUCUAUAAAUCCUUACUACAUGUCUGAGGAGGGUGAAGACAGCCCGUUUAUCUGCUCAGCUCCCCGAGAGAACGGGAUGCUGCGCUGCCACGAUGUGCCAGCCUUCACGGAGGGCAAGGCCGAGUGCUCACUGGCCGCUCCCCACCAAAGUUCAGCUCUGGUCGGACCGUCCCCAACGGAGAGCGGUGCCGACGUUAAUGGCUGCGUUAACUGGAACCAGUACUACAACGUCUGUCGCCCCGGGCAACUCAACCCUCACAAGGGAGCUGUCAACUUUGACAAUAUUGGCUACGCUUGGAUAGCCAUAUUCCAGGUCAUCACACUGGAAGGAUGGGUAGAUAUCAUGUACUAUGUCAUGGACGCUCACUCCUUCUACAAUUUUAUAUAUUUUAUACUGCUCAUUAUUGUGGGCUCUUUCUUCAUGAUCAACUUGUGCCUCGUGGUCAUCGCCACCCAGUUCUCCGAGACGAAGCAAAGGGAGAACGCCCUGAUGAGGGAGCAGCGCGCUCGCUACAUGUCCAACGACUCCACACUCGCCAGUUACAGCGAACCCGGUUCUUGCUACGAGGAGAUGUUGCGCUACAUUAGUCACCUUUACCGCAAGUUAACCCGCAGGCUGCAGAGGAUAUACUCUGGAUGGCACAGUAAACGGCGCAAAAAGGUGAACCCUAAUGGCAGUGGGGGAGGCAAUAACGGUGGUGGUAAUGGACACGGCCACAGUUCGAGCAGAGGCUGCGGAGGCUCAGGCCCCAGUAACGCAUUAUGGUUGAGGCCGAUCCAUAACCUCCUGCAGCACCAUCAGCACCAGCACUGUCGCCUCAGCAACGGCGGGCAGCACCCCAUCAGCGUGGCGACCGCUGAGCACAUGGACAGGGGAGGACGUGUGGGAGGAGGGGAGGAACUGGAGAUGAAGUCGCUUUCUGUUCGGAGAGGAAGCGCAAAUGGAAAUAGCAGCGACAGCCCGACCGUGGUCACCCAGGGCAUGGGGGCGUUGCUGGGGCGACUCAACGGGGGGAUGAACUAUCCGACCAUCCUGCCAUCAUUUGUGUGCAGCUACAGCAGCAAGACGCCGCCUCCCCACUCGAAGCAGUGUGGGCCCAGUCCGGAGCAGCAUCCACCGAACCACCCAGCGUCCGAACACGCAGAGACACUGAACAAGCUUUACCAGCUGAUGGGGCAGCACAGCCGACAGAGGCUGCUGUACCAGCUGGCGGGCGUGGUGCCCAGCCCCUUGCUCCUGGAGCUGCUCAGCUGCCCCCUGUGUGCUCGCAGCCUGGAGACCCUGGAGCUGGAACUGGGAGACCUGGAGGGAGGCAAGGGUGAGGCGGACGGACUGCACGACUUCCCCCAGGGGCUAGACCUAAGAGGAGGCAGAGUUCGCAGACGGCGGAGAGUUGUGGAGUUCAAAAAUGGAGCCGUUCAGGCCUGGAUAGACUUUAGAGACAAGCUGAGGAGGAUUGUGGAGAGUAAAUACUUCAACCGAGGGAUCAUGAUCGCUAUCCUUGUCAAUACUCUCAGCAUGGGGAUAGAAUACCACGAGCAGCCCGAGGAAUUGACUGAUGUGUUGGAGAUUAGUAACAUUGUUUUCACCAGUAUGUUUGUGCUGGAGAUGGGCUUCAUGCUGCUGGCUUUUGGCCUGUUUGGAUACAUCAGGAACCCAUACAACAUCUUCGACAGCAUCAUCGUUAUCAUCAGUGUGUGGGAGAUAAUCGGUCAAGCGGAUGGUGGGUUGUCAGUCCUGCGAACGUUUCGUCUGCUGCGAGUUCUGAAGCUUGUUCGCUUCCUGCCGGCCCUGAGGAGACAACUGGUGGUGCUGAUGAAGACCAUGGACAAUGUGGCUACCUUCUGCAUGCUGCUGAUGCUUUUCAUCUUCACGUUCAGUAUACUGGGCAUGCAUCUUUUUGGUUGUAAGUUCAGUCUUCAAACUGAGAAUGGAGACACCAUCCCUGACCGCAAGAACUUUGACACUCUACUCUGGGCCAUCGUCACUGUAUUCCAGAUUCUGACCCAGGAGGACUGGAACGUGGUGUUGUAUAAUGGCAUGGCUUCUACCUCUCCAUGGGCGGCUCUCUACUUUGUUGCUCUCAUGACAUUCGGCAACUAUGUGCUCUUCAAUUUGCUGGUGGCCAUCUUGGUUGAGGGCUUCCAAGCUGAGGGUGAUGCUAAUCGGUCAGAGUCAGAUGAUGACAAGAAAUCGGAUAACUUUGAUGAGGACGAGAAGGUAGAACAACUCAGAGACAAUGAGCUGAAGAUGUACUCUCUGAUGAUGACAGCUAAUGGUCACAUUGACCCUCGUGUCUCCACGGCUCCUCCCAUAAUCAUGCGCACAGCGGCCACGCCCAUGCCCACCCCGAAGAGCUCCCUGGGACCCGAGUCCAUCCUGGGGGAGGAUCUCAUGUACAGAGAGGGGGUUCCUCAGUAUAGCGAGAUGGGGCUGGGAUUUUCUGAGGCAGGAAAUGGACAUGCAGAGUCUCGCCGUGGAAGCUCAGCGUCCCUGGAACCUUUAGCCUAUGAUCAGCGCUCUCUGGGCCUCUCUAGUCCCGGGCGGCGCUCUCCUCUUCCUCCGCGUGGUUCGGGCAGCUCGUGGGGAAGCCGGCGCUCCAGCUGGAACAGCCUGGGAAGAGCUCCGAGCCUCAAACGGCGAGACACCAGCGGUGAGAGGGAGAGUCUGCUGUCUGGGGAAGGUGGAGAGGAGGAGGACGGCAGGGACGAUAAGGAUGAGGCUGAGGUGAACAACAGACUGAGGCCGGGGUCCUUGGAGCUGCUGCAGGCGUCUACUCUCUGCCCUUCUAUAAUAGCGGAGUACGGCGACUGUAACGGGAGGACUGUGACUUACGACCCGAACAUGAACUCCGACUCCAAGGAUGACUCCUCGCCUGAGGACGACAUGGACGAUGACGGUCCUUUCUGCUACUGGGUCAAGAAAGAGUUCCAUAACAUGAAACCUCACUGGUGCAAAGAACAUGAAGACUGGACGCUGUACUUGUUCUCUCCAGAAAGCCCAUUCCGUGUGUGGUGCCAAGCUGUGAUCUCUCACAAAAUAUUCGACCAUGUGGUUUUGGUUUUCAUCUUCCUCAACUGCAUCACCAUCGCUCUGGAAAGACCUGACAUACAGCCUCACAGCACGGAGCGAGUGUUUCUGAGUGUGUCCAACUACGUUUUCACUGUGAUCUUCCUGGCAGAGAUGACCGUUAAGGUUGUAGCUCUUGGUUUCUGCUUUGGGAAGCAGAGCUACCUCCAGUCCAGUUGGAACAUUCUGGAUGGUUUAUUGGUGUUUGUGUCUCUGGUUGACAUUUUGGUCUCUCUGGCGUAUACUGGCGGAAACAGGAUCCUGGGAAUUCUCAGAGUCCUUCGCCUACUACGAACACUUCGCCCACUCAGGGUGAUCAGUCGAGCCCCAGGUUUGAAGCUGGUUGUGGAGACUCUUAUCACCUCUCUCAGACCUAUCGGAAACAUCGUCUUGAUCUGCUGUGCCUUCUUCAUUGUCUUUGGCAUCUUGGGGGUUCAGCUGUUCAAAGGGAAGUUCUACCAUUGUGAAGGUCUAGACACGAAAAACGUCACGAACAAGUCUGACUGUCUCCAAGCCAACUACCGCUGGAUACGAAGAAAGUACAACUUCGACAACCUGAUUCAGGCUCUGAUGUCUUUGUUUGUACUGUCGUGUAAGGACGGCUGGGUCAACAUCAUGUACGACGGGCUCGAUGCAGUGGGAGUGGACCAACAGCCUGUAAGAAACCACAACCCAUGGAUGCUCCUCUACUUCAUUUCCUUCCUACUCAUCGUCAGCUUCUUCGUCCUCAACAUGUUCGUCGGUGUCGUGGUGGAGAACUUCCACAAGUGCCGACAGGACCAGGAAGAGGAGGAGGCCCGAUUGCGGGAAGAGAAGAGGCUCAAAAUGAUAGAGAAAAAGCGCAGGAGUAAGGAGAAUGGAGGGGCUGAGGCCAAGCAGAGGCCCUACUAUGCCGACUACUGUCCCCUGCGUCUGUACAUCCACACACUGUGCACCAGCCACUACCUGGACCUCUUCAUCACCUUCAUCAUCUGCAUCAAUGUCUUCACGAUGAGCAUCGAGCACUACAAUCAGCCACAGUAUUUAGAGGAGGUUCUGAAGUACUGUAACUACGUGUUUACCAUCAUCUUUGUCAUCGAGGCCCUGCUCAAACUUGUGGCGUUCGGCAUACACAGGUUCUUCAAAGACAGGUGGAAUCAGCUGGAUAUAGCCAUAGUGGCAUUGUCCAUCAUGGGCAUCACCCUGGAGGAGCUGAAAAUGAAUGCAGCACUGCCAAUAAAUCCUACCAUCAUCAGAAUCAUGAGAGUACUCAGGAUAGCACGAGUGCUGAAACUUCUGAAGAUGGCCACGGGGAUGAGAGCUCUGCUGGAUACCGUCAUGCAGGCGCUGCCGCAGGUGGGAAAUCUUGGUCUCCUCUUCAUGCUGCUCUUCUUCAUCUAUGCUGCUCUGGGAGUGGAGCUGUUUGGCAAACUGGAGUGCAAUGACAACAAUCCAUGUGAAGGUCUGAGUCGUCACGCAACCUUUGAGAAUUUCGGAAUGGCCUUCCUCACACUGUUCCGAGUGUCCACUGGAGACAACUGGAAUGGGAUUAUGAAAGACACAUUAAGGGAGUGUCACCCAGACGACCGCCACUGUCUCUCAUACCUGCCUUUGGUCUCUCCAAUUUACUUCGUCACCUUUGUCCUCAUGGCCCAGUUUGUUCUGGUCAAUGUGGUGGUGGCUGUUCUGAUGAAACAUCUAGAGGAAAGCAACAAGGAAGCUAAAGAGGAUGCAGAGAUGGAUGCAGAGAUCGCCUUGGAGAUGGCGAUGGAGAGGGAACGCAGACUAAGCACAACUUCAAACAACAGCUCAGUGGCAGGAACUUAUGUUGGACCAUGCCCAAAUUCACCUGGAGAGGAAGAAGAGGUGCAGUUUGAUGACCAGGACCAGCUGUCGUCAGGGAAGAUGUCUGUAUCCAGGAUGCACUCGCUACCUAAUGACAGUUACAUGUUUCGGCCUGUACGGCCCGCCAGCGCCCCCUACCCAUUGGAAGAAUUAGAUCUCAGCCCCCAGCACCAGCAUUCAGUUUCAGUGAUGUCAGUCCACUCUCAGCCUUGUGAGAGCCGCUCCCUGCUGCAGGUUCCAGAUGUUUCCCCCGUUCACCGUCCCACCCUCACCCUCCCUCGCAUCGCCCCGCCAACACCCAGCCCCUCACCACGGGCCCUGCACAGACAGGUGGCAGUUAAAGUGGAUUCGGUGGAGUCCCAGGGUUGUGAGCACCAAGAGAGGCCUGCUGCUGUCCUCCUGCCCCCCCUCUCCCCUUCCCCACGUUCACUUACCUCCUCUUCAUCGCCUCUUCCCCCUCCUUCUCCCUCAGCCCUCUCCCUGCCACCCUGCUCCCCCUCUCCCUUCCCACUCCCUCCUCCUUCUCCCUCCCCUCUCCCUUUAUUACUAUCUUCCCCACCACUUCUUCUCCCCCCACCUCCCUCACCACGCCUCCCCCUGCGUCCUCCGAGCCUCCGGAGACCCCGACCGCCCUCCGCCAUCUCCCUCUCCGACCCGGCCGACGAGGAGGUGUAUCACAUCACCAGCUCCGCACAACUCAGAUGGAGGGAAGAGGAAGGAGGAGGGCAGGAGAGCAGGGGGAAGACGGGUCGCAGUCACUCCCUCUCCCCUUGCACCAUGCCAUGCUCUCUCGACCCCACUUCCUCGUCUCCUCCUCCCCCGCUGCCACCUUCCUCCUCACGGAGCGCGCUCAGUCUGCUCGGGGCAGGAUUGAAAGACCAUGACUUCAGGAAAGGCUUUAGCGUCGAUAACCAGGGCUUCCUGGACAAGCCGUCAUCGCUGUCUGCCGGUCACUCGGACGACCACCGGCGCCAUUCCAUCGAGGUCUGCCUCCCGCAGGCCGUCAUCACAGGAGAUAACCAACACUUCACACAGGAUGUCCGUCGGUCGGAGAAAGGUCAGGGAUUUCCUAUGAGGGUGCAGUCAGUCGGGAGCAACCACAGAAAGAAGAAGAUGAGUCCUCCCUGCAUAUCCAUCCACCCGCCAACAGAGAGGGAGCAUCCCCACGUUGCCUCACCCCCAAAACUGGCCGACUGCAGCAUGAUGCUGAGACGCAGGACACCGUCCUAUGACUUGACACCACACACACAGUCAAGCACACAAGACGUCUCGGCAGACACACAGAUGCAAACACCGCUAACGCCAAUCCACGUUCCUCUGCAAGCACACUCGCCGACCCACACACUGACCCCUUCAUCCACCCCGACGCACACUCAGGCAUACACCCCGCCACCUGCAUCCAUAUCUACACGCCCGCACAUCCCCAUCAGCCCCAACAUCUUCAUCCAGCCUCACGCCCCUCUCGUCCCAAACGCUAUGCCUUUCUCACACCCCCUCUCCCCGGCUGCGAGGCACCCCCUCACAGGAGAAUACGUUGCCCUCCCCCAGUUCACCUUCGACCAACCACAGUCCAGAUACACGAGCGGCCUGUCAGCUGGCAUAUCAGACACUGAUACAGCCACCUGCUCUUCCCCUUUCGACAACAGACUGGGAAGCGGUGCAGGGUUCAGUGCAAAGAAUCGGAGGACCGCCCAGUAAACACAGAGCAUUUAAUUCAGGAGGUGAAUUGUUUAAAAUCUCUGCAGCUGGAGCUCUGACCUCAGCAGAGAUCGAUGCUGAGGAGAGAAUAAGUUUACUGGGAGAGGGUUUUGUUUUUGUUUUUUGUUGAGACAGAUCAUAAAAAAGACAUUGAUUACUCUCUCUGGACGUUGGUACAGACUCGUCCCAGAAUAAUAGAGAAUGGAUCCUUUUUUCUAAACCCAGCUUGAAGGACAGAGGAUCCACUGAGGCUGUACCAGUACUCACUGUACAUGGUGUGUUUGGGACUAAUACUAAUGACACACCAGGACUAAAGCCACCUAACUUCGUAGCCAAAGUUUUUUUCACACACUGUCCUCACCCACGCAAGCCAAUCAGGAAGCAGCGUCUGGCUGAUAACCUCUGACCUUUACAGGAAGUGGUUUGUGACAUGGAGCGUGGGGAGUAUCGUGGGAUAUGCAACUUCAGGUUUUCUACAGAAGUUCUGCUUGCCCCUCCUCUGCUCCUCGAUCACAUUGAUCAAAGCAGAAGUGUGUGAGUAUGUGCGUGUGUGUGCGUGUGUGUGUGCGUGUGUGUGUGUGUGAGUGAGCAUAUGUUUUCCUAUGUGCAAGUAUCGUCAGAUCUGUUGUCACGGAAGUCGGCCAUGUUAUUCUUAUGCUUGCAUCGACAGAGGGGGAGCAGGGCAGAGCUGUAGUGUAUGUUUCUUUGUGUAUCUGUGCAUUGUAAAUAAAGGAAAAUACUGUAUUUGGUGAGAUUAAAAAUAGCUCUAUCCAUAUGCACAUA